AAUAAGAGGAGGUGAAGGCAUAUCUCUCUCUCUUUCUGUUGAAUGUGGUGAAGUCAUAUAGUUCAGAGUAGUGUUUGCUGUAUAUAUGUUUGCAGUCCUGUAUGGUGCACUCCACACUGUGUUGUAAGGAAGAAGAGAGGUAACACAGCAGCACAAGCCCAAACCACCUGUAUUCACCUGAAAGCUACUACACAAAGAUCAGCAUGGCAAACAAAGGUCCUGCCUAUGGUCUGAGCCGGGAGGUACAGAGUAAGAUUGAUAAAAAAUAUGACCCGGAACUGGAGGAAAGGUUGGCGCAGUGGAUUGUCGUCCAGUGUGGUGCUGCACAGCCUCAGCCAGGCAAGACUGAAUUCCAAAACUGGCUCAAGAAUGGAUGUGUGCUGUGUGAGCUCAUAAAUAGCCUGUAUGGAUCCAACAAGCCAAUCAAGACCAUCAAGAGCUCCACCAUGGUAUUUAAGCAGAUGGAGCUGAUAUCCAUGUUCCUCAAAGCAGCAGAAAACUACGGAGUCACCAAGACUGACAUGUUUCAGACUGUAGACCUCUAUGAAGGCAAGGACCUGGCUGCUGUCCAGAGGACCCUGAUGGCUCUGGGUAGUUUGGCUGUCACAAAGAACGAUGGGUGUUACAAAGGAGACCCCAGCUGGUUUCACAAGAAAGCCCAAGAGAACAAGAGAGAAUUCACAGAGGAACAGCUGACUGAUGGCAAAAAUGUCAUCGGCCUGCAAAUGGGCACAAAUAGAGGAGCAUCUCAAUCUGGAAUGACAGGCUACGGACAGGCCAGGCAGAUCAUCAACAACCCCUGAAUCUGAGCAGUGCUUAAACCCUCCCCUCAGACACUCCUCCUGCAACACUCUGAAAGGCCAGUGUGGACGGAGAAACUCUGAAAUGUAAUCGGACUUUCUCGUUUUCAAGGCUAAACUGGACCAAAAGACCAAGGGACCAAUGAGGACAUGUGCACAUAUUCAACACAUAGUUCAUGUUGAGCACAUCUUUGACCAUGCAAGUGCACAAUUAGAUAGCAUUUUGCAUUCAUGUAAAUGGUGUUUUUUUUUUUUUAAAGGAUCCUUUCCAGUUGUCCAAAUCAAAUGUAAUUUACAUUACUGCAAACCAUUAGAUCAUCCAGAGGUGUCCGUUCAUUUCAGUUCAUUAUAAAAAUUAAGUGGCAGAGACUUGUAACUUGCUUGAGAGUUGUACUUCAUCACAUUCAACAUUUUGUCUUUAUUCUUUGUUUCUACAGCUACAUCAUUGCAGCAAGCAAUUUCAAAACUCUGCCUAGUGGUACAUUUAAGACACUCUGAUAUUUGAUAUUUGACAAUUCUAAGAUGGAUUUGCACAACCAACCCCAUUAUUUGAUCACUGCCCUUGUUUUGCCAGCGUUGUAGUUGAUGAAGCUAUCAAUUCUUGGAUGUCAAGGUGUACUUUAAUGCACCUCCCAAGGAGAGUUUUAAAAAGGUUCCCUGCUUACACCAGCAAUACAACCUGGCAGUAAUGCAACAUUAACAAAAUUAUCAAUAAAAGAGAGAUGAUAAUUGGAUCUCAAGCAACUAUCAAGUCUCAUUUGUUAUGUAGUGGACUGAUUUGAAAGAUGUUGCAGCCUGGAAGGUAAGAAGUGCAUGUUGUGGUUUACAAUAAAGUUAAGCAAAAAUAUUGGAAUAAAUGGGUUAAAAAAAACAAAUGUAUCAGUAUCAACAAGGAGCAGUCAUUUUAGAAAGUAAAUUGCCUAGUUUAAAAACAGUUU